GAAGAAAGCCCAGGUGGGGUUUAGUCGGCGCACGCGUCUUUGCGAGUGGUCAGUGUGUAAGUUGUGAGUGGACCGGUGCGCACGCGUCCCAACCAGACACAACAUGCGAUUGCUCAUUUUGUGUACCCUCUGCGGGCUUGCGGUCGCCAGAGAGAGUGAGUGGCAGCCGAUGAUGCCAGAGCCUUCCAUUGCGUAUGCCGGCUAUAAGCAAUCAGACCGGUCGCUGGAAGCCAGCCCGUCUCUGAAGAUCAUCAACCGCCGUCCACUGAACGGGCACUACCUCUCCAACAACAAGUUGACGUUCCUCAACUCCGCGCCGGCGGCGAUGCCCGAUACUUGUAGCGUGUACAAGGUCUCCAUGAACCAGGAGUUAUUCUACCAAUACGUGGAGUAUGAAAAGAGUCUGCCGGACCUCAAGGAGUUUACGCUUUGCAUGUGGACUAAGUGCCACAACCAUACCGCCGAUCACCCACUGUUUUCAUAUGCUGUGGGAAAUAAUCCGAAGGAAAUCUCGGCCUGGAUCUCCAACACUCAAGAAGCCAGUUACUUCAGCUUGGCGGUGCACGGACAAACGUUUUUCAGACUUAACUAUCCUCUUAAAUUGAACACGUGGUAUCAUUCUUGCCAGUCCUGGAAUGGAAAAACUGGCGAGUGGCAGAUCUGGGUGAAUGCUGAGCGGGUUGGCAGAGGUUUCCAUAAUAGACUUGUCGGGCACGUCAUCAAAGGAGGUGGUGUCGCAAUUAGCGGGCAAGAACAGUCUCUAUUAUAUAAGAAAGACGACUUGGAACAAACACAACAGUCAGGUUUUGUCGGUGAGAUUACAAUGCUGCAACUGUACCAUGUCGCAUUGACAGCCGGCAAAGCUCACAAAGACCACAAACAUCACCACGUGCACCACUUCAAACACGACGGCACGCCAAUAGAGUCCUCAACGGAAUCUGUUACCGAGCCUCCACCGCCUCAGGCGACACCUUUAGGAAACGGCAACUUCUUGAUAGGAGGACAGUUGCAAAGAGCUCCUAACCUAAACCUUGCUGGAGCUCAGCAGAUGAUUCCUGUGCAGUUACCUAACGGUCUCCAGUUACAGCAGGAGUAUGUCAACGGCCAACUUGGCAAUAGAAUUGUAUCCGAACAGCUAUUGAAUACAGUCCAAAUUUCCGACCAUGUCAGUGGCCCACCAAUCCCGAGGUUACCUUUAUUACCCGUGGCCACAAGCCAAUCAUACUCUCAGAGUAGUCCACUCGGACCCUCUAAAGGUACUACAGUCCUACUAUCUGGAUCUUUGCUAAACCCUGCGAAUGUGCAAUAUAUAGAUGAUACGAACCACAAUAUUUAUAGAAGGGAUUCGAAGAGGGACAAGAGAGAUAAUCCUGAAAAAGAAUUGGCACUUGAAACUGCGUCAGGUAAAAAGGAGAAACGUGGCCUGGUGGAAUUAUCAGACGGCUCAAUUGUCGACGAGGCUUUGUUAAGUCCAACUCUUUUAGGCAAGGAUGAAGAUGCUUUAUUCCAAGAGUCCCUGCUGAACGGCCUAGCUGGCGUGGUCGGCAAUCUGCCCGUGCAAAACUUACAGAAAGAAACUGUGGAUGAAAGAGAGCCAGCCGAAGCGGAGGUCAAAGCGGUGAUGCAAGUAUGCAAUGGAUGCGCGUCUGAGCCGUUUAAAAAGGCGCUUGUCCUUUCGUGGCGGUCGACUUCUAAGAAAUUGUACAGCGGAGCGCACUAUUACAAGGGGCUUCCAAUCUGCAGAGCAUUCUAAACUUUGAAGAACUCCUACCGCGUCAACAAUUUUAUAUUUUACUAGCUUUUGCUCGUGGCUUCGCCCGCGUGAAGGUUUUUUCGCGAUAAAAGUCCCGUUUUAUAUUUUUCCGGAGAUAAAAAGUAGCGUAUAUCCUUCACAGGGUCUUGAAACUAUAUCCAAAUUAAAUUUCAUCGAAAUACAUUUGAGUUUAUCGCGUUCAAACAGAAAGUCGCGGCGGGGGACUUUGUUUUAUAAUAUGUAUGUAAGGAUUCACGAACCCAGGGCAAAUUUAAAUUAAGACAUAAUAGAUCAUAACAAAGGUAACAUAAACUAAUACGGAAAAUGUAGAUUGUCUCGGAAUUUUAUUUAUCUCCGCGAUAUUGUUUACUUUAUUAUAAAAUUUAGAUAAUUGUUUGUUCGGAGAUUGUUACACUUGAUGGUUACACUCAAAUCUAGUACCUAUGUCUGUGUGCUGUACAAAGCUUAAUUGUAUUUAUAUUUGUGUAAUAUGAUUAAUGGCGCUCUUGUUGACAUUUCAGCAUUUUUAUAAUAAUUUCCUGCCGGACGCCAUCUUGUAUAAGAAAAAAGGACUGAACAUCAAAGCAUAGAUUUAUAAGUCCAUCGAAUCAUUAUAAUUAAAAAUACAGUCUAUUAAUAUAUGGCACUCAAUAUUUUAGAGGAUUAUUGAAAGAUUUAAUAUGUCUUGUAUCAUCAUGAUCAUAUCAACGAUUAGAGGCUGAUUCAUGUAAAUAAUUAAAUAAGACCAGAACAUAAAUUCAAAUUAGUCAUUAAUUCGAUACACUUGCCAUUGCGAGAUGUUUAUUUAUUGUAGACGUAAGUACUUUUUAUAACUUUACCUGUAUUGACAUUAGAAUAAGUUUCUCUCUAAAGAAAUGUUACCAUUUUUUUUUAAUAUAUCUUUUAAAUA